AUGAACACUUCGGGGCGGGCGACAGGCAGCAAAAUAGGUGCUCCAUCAAGACUAAAUAAUGUCAAAAAUAAGAAUUUAUCGCCAAAAAUUCAAUGCAUGUCACUCAUAUUUGUGCUGGCGCUGACUGGCGCUGCCUUUCUUGCUAUCCCAAUGAUUUUAGCGGCGGGUGUCAUUCCAGUGAUAUUCCCCGUUUCAAUUUUGCUGCUCCCCGUGCUUAUCAUUGUUAUCGUUUAUGGAUUAGCAUGGUCUGCUUAUCUUGUCGUGGCUCAAAGUGAUCGGCCCCCCUAUGCUAUGAUCGGCCCCCCUAGUCUUUCCAAAUAUAUACCCUUCGUCCCAUUUUCUCCGUUGCGGUGUCUUAAAGUGGCCAAAAUUGUGUGUGAAUUUAUUUGGUUGGGAGUUCGAUCCAUGGGAUCAUUUUGGUAUUGGUACUCUUUGUACAAGAUGCAGAAGAAAUCGCCUGAAUACGAAACAGUGCUGUAUUCGUUACCCUUCUCUCAUAAUUGCCUUGAUAUAUACCCACCGGAUGUGGGUGUUGUGAGUCAAAAUGCAAUCGUCUUAAUGAUUGUGCCCACUUCAUUCUUCCCAUCAUUUAUUUCAUGCAACAGAAAAUUGUACAUGCCCAUGGCUCUGCGCAUGCGAAAACUCGGAUACUGCGUCGUUGUCCCCGACAUUUCAUAUUACCCAGCUUGCCAAAUCCCUCAAUCCGUGAUCGAUCUACGUCUUGCUCUUAGUUGGGUCGGUGCACACAUUUUUAGCUACAAAGGAGACCCUUCGCGUAUUUAUGUCAUGGGAAUGGGUAUCUCAUCCGAGCUUGUGGCACUUACACUCGUGCAGGAGGCAGCGGUGAUGAGCCGUGUUGUCAGGCGGCAAGAUGACGAGAAUAAAGAUCCGAGCUCUGAGGAAGAGUUUGAUAGGCUUAAGUUCAACAAACUCAUGGAAAUAUAUGCACCACAGGUCCGCCUACCAAGUCUUGCUGGUGUGGUGCUUGCUGCUGGCAUGAGUGAUGUCAUCAAAUGCUAUUUGCAUAAUGUGGAGAUGGGCACGGAGCACCUUGGCAUGUUACGGCGCUGGGCAGGUCCACGGCAAUAUCAAUGCAUUAUACAUUCUCCAACGCAUUUGUUGAACAACACGAAAGAUAAAUUUGAUCCUGCCUUUCUACCGCCUAACUUUUUAUUGAUUCAUGGCGGGCGCGACAAGUUCGUGCCUAUUUCGCAAGCAGCUCUUUUACAGUCAUUGCUCAUGGAGGUGGGAGUGAAAAAUGUCGAACUAUUCGCAUGUCGUGAUCUGGGACAUUAUGAUACCCUCAAAAUGCUGCUUGCAUACCCCUCGACGCACUCGGACAGCUGCAGGUACGAUACACCCAUGAUGAAGACUUUGUGUAGUUUCCUUGUUUAG